AUGACUGUUCCAUCGUUUGAAACCAUCUUCGCGGUGCCUAUGACCUGCCAGUCAUGCAUCAACGACAUCGAAGGUUCUCUGCAUCAGUUGAGUGGCAUUAACAAAGUCACUGCCAACCUCAAGGAUCAACUAGUAUCUAUUGAGGGCACAGCAGCGCCAUCGGCAAUUGUUGAAGCUAUUCAAGCUACCGGACGUGAUGCAAUUUUAAGAGGAUCUGGAAAAUCAGACAGCGCCGCAGUAUGCAUUCUGGAAUCGCAUGCACCGCAUGUAGAGAACAAAGUUCGAGGGCUCGUGCGCAUGGUUGAAGUGGCUCCAAGUAUGACCAUCGUCGACCUGAGCAUACGAGGAUUGUCGCCUGGAACAUACCAUGCAACUGUCCGCGAAUCUGGCAACAUAUCCGACGGACCUGAGUCUACCGGCGCCAUUUGGGAGUAUGUCAAAGCCAAACAAGAGGGCAAGCCGUGUCGAGGCAUCUUUGGAACCGUUCAGGUAGGGAAGGGUGGAGUCGGAUCUGUGUUCCUGGACAAGCCCAUCCACAUCUGGGAGAUGAUCGGACGCAGCAUCGUGGUUGCGAGAGAGCAAGACGGCAAGUUUGACAAGAACGAUCCGGAUACGCUAGUGGGUGUCAUCGCACGUAGCGCUGGAGUUUGGGACAACGACAAGACGGAAAUCGAAACCUGGGUGGCAGCCCUCGCCAGCUACGACAACAACGAGUUCGACGUCGCAUUGAAGGUCUUUGACCAGAUCUCCGACACCUCCAAGAUUCUGUUCAACUGCGGCGUAAUACAUGCCACACUCGGCGAGCACGAGAAGGCGGUCGACUGUUACCAGCGCGCUGUGCGUCUGGACCAGUACCUCGCCGUCGCAUACUUCCAACAGGGCGUGUCAAACUUCCUCAUGGGCGACUUUGAGGAAGCCCUCGCUAACUUCAACGACACGCUCCUCUACUUGCGCGGAAACAACAACAUCGAUUACGAGCAACUGGGCCUGAAGUUUAAGCUAUACUCCUGCGAGGUGCUUUUCAACCGCGGUCUCUGCUACAUCUACCUCCAGCAAAGAGACGCAGGUCUACAGGAUCUGUCCUUCGCGGCUAAAGAGAAGGUGGUGCCCGACCACGAUGUCAUCGACGAGGCUAUUCGGGAGGAAGCAGAGGGCUACACCGUCUUCUCCAUCCCUGUCGGCAUUGUCUACCGCCCCAAUGAAGCGAAGGUCAAGAACUUGAAGACAAAGGACUAUCUUGGAAAGGCCCGUCUUGUCGCUGCCUCAGACCGGGCUAAUGCCUUCACUGGCUUCGCUGGCGCUGAGAUCAAGAAAGGAGGACAGGCCGCAAAAGACGACAGAACUGAAGACAAGAUCUCCUACGCUGCGACCAACCUGGUCAAACCAGAGCUUCAGAGCAGAGCUCGCCAGCAGUCAGAGCCACCGAUGAACCGUAACAUGUUCCCACCCACACCGCCACCGGAGGCAGACAGGAGGUCUGGUGAUAGGAGAUCUGCUGGAGAGCGGAGACCUGCUGCAGAUGCUCCCAUGAGCCGUGCGCAGUCCGUACGAGGCGGCGGUCCCAAGCCCCAGCCUCUAAACCUUGGACGGGCUGCUUUCGACCAACAAAGUAGCAACGAGCCGCCUCGUCGUCAGCCAACGCAGCGCUCUGCCUCAGAGCGACCACCACCAAGCCGUUCAGAGUCAACUCGAGACCGAGGACAACGCGAUCAGCGAGACCAGCGGGAUCGUGACUACAGGCCACGCCGUCGUGGAUCUGACGACGAUAUCAUUGACGACUACUAUGACAAUGACUCAUACCCGCCUGCGCGUUCAAGUCGUGGCGCAUACACCCGUUCAAAACAGGGCAGGCGACCAGCUUACAUUGAAGAAGAGGACGAAGACGACUACGACGGUAGUGAUCUUGAUGAUGCUGAGUUCGAGAUGAUGUCCCGCACGAAAUCUAGGAGACGGUCACCUGCUCGCUCCACCAGGUCGGGUGGCAGCAACCGCGGUGCAGGCAGCAAGAUCAGAGUGAAGGUUCACUCUAGUGAUACGCGUUAUGUCUUCAUCAAUUCGGAUCAACUGAUUACCGAAUUCUGGCAACAGAUUCGGGAGAAGUUUGGUGUGCGAAAUAAAUUCAAGGUGGAGUUCAAAGAUGAUGGCGACAUGAUCACCAUGGCCGACCAAGAUGAUCUUGAUAUGGCCGUUCAGACGGCGAAGAGCGUUGCUAGGAAGGAAGGCAGCGAUAUGGCAAAGAUGGAGGCAAGUUUGGGUUAG